AUGUCUACGGAGAAGACAGAAUUCGGUUUGGAAUUACCCGAAUGGACUAAACAAUAUUUUCCCGAUAAAUUACAAUAUUUGGCUGAGAAAAGUUACAUUUACAAUGCUUAUACCAGGGAAAUGCAAAAAAUAAAGGCCGGACCUUUUCUGACGAAAAUGUUUAAUGAAAUGAAAAAUAAGUCACAAAACGCUCUAAAACCCGAUGGACGCAAAAUGUUCAUUUAUAAUGGUCAUGAUUCGACUGUGGUUAAUAUUAUGCAAGCAUUGCAAAUUUGGAAGAGACAAUUGCCGCGUUAUUCUUCUAUGACCAUGUUUGAAUUGCACAAAAAUAAGGAAAGCGGAAAAUAUUAUGUUGAGAUUUAUUUCCGUAACAAUCCCAAAGAUUAUCAAUUACCUCUGACAGUACCUGGCUGUGAUUUCCAAUGUCCAUUGGAAAAGUUAAUUGAAUUGAGUGCGGAUGUUUUAAUCGAUAAUGUACGUGAUGCGAAACGCUGCAACUCUAAAAAUGAAGGGUUUACAGAACCUCCACUUCGUGGCCCAUAG